CCACAGACCACUGCUAGCCCGAGCACCCCCUCCCGGUGCCUGCUUUGCGACCCUCCGUGGAGCAGGGCCCGCCCUCUGCUCCGGGUACGUCACUUCCGCCCAGCGAGCAAGAUGGCGGAAGACCCUGAGGCCGGGCUGCAGCUCCCUUCUUCAGCGGCCGCGGCCGGCGGCGAGAGCCUUUCGGAGCUCUCCCCUGAAACAGCCACCCCAGAGCCCCCGUCUUCAGCUGCAGUCUCGCCAGGAACGGACGAACCUCCCGGUGACACCAAGAAGAAAAUUGACAUCCUGCUAAAGGCUGUAGGAGAUACCCCUAUAAUGAAAACAAAGAAAUGGGCUGUAGAGCGAACCCGAACCAUCCAAGGACUCAUUGACUUCAUCAAGAAGUUCCUUAAACUUGUGGCCUCGGAGCAGUUGUUUAUUUAUGUGAACCAAUCCUUUGCCCCUUCCCCAGACCAAGAAGUUGGAACUCUAUAUGAGUGUUUUGGCAGUGAUGGUAAACUGGUCCUACAUUACUGCAAAUCACAGGCAUGGGGAUGAGCCAUAGAUGAACAACUUGAUAUUUUCACAGAAGAAAAGGCUCAGAGAAGUUUUGAUGCUGUGUGGAGAGACUUAAUGGCUAUCAAAUACUCAGCAUGAAUCUGCUAUAAGCUGUGCUUAUGUGCUUAUGUGUAAGAAAGCAUCAUGGAGUAAAUGGACUAAAAAUGAGAUUUGUGUGACCAUAAAAUCAUCAUGAAAGAUUAGUGUGCCCAUUACCCCCCACACAUUCCUGUUUCAGAUCUGCCUUCAAGGUUAGAAAGGAGACUAGAACUCUUAUCUAUUGUGGAUUCUCAGGAUGCCACAUGUUAUUUACUUGUGGGGUUGGUACUGUGUUUCCAUGGUAAAAACUAAUUUGCAGGACAGUUAGUAUUUUGAGGUAUUUUUCUUUUUUAACUUAUUCAGGGAACCUCUGUUUGCAUAGGAACUGACUACAUUUAUCUGUGUUGCUUUGUGAAACCAAGUGCACUGACUUGUCUCAGUGUCUUAAGUUAUCCAGUAGAGGGCAGCCCAGGUGGCAAAAAGGCUUGACACUUGACAUCUUUACCAGGUGAUUGAAGGAAGGACUGUUGAACCUAAUUUCUAGUUAAUGUGUAAUCAGAAAAGCAACUAUGUUGACAGACUGGAAGAGUUGGAGGAUGUGCAUAGUUUAAAAUUAAUCAUGCUGGGAAAGUUUCACAGAUUGUGAGUCAAUGAGUCCUCCAUGCUUUUCAGUCCUGUCAUUUAUGAUUCUUGAGCCACAGCCUGGGUAUUGUAACCCACACUUGUAAUUUCAGAGCUCAGGAAGCUUGGACGGGGAGGAUCAGGAGUUCAAAACCAGACUGGGCUGCAGAAGAAUUUACCUGGGAUAGAUUCUUGACUCCCUACCCAGUGUAUUCUCACUGUCUGUUAUCUGGGUGAAAGCAACUGACUUAAUAAGUAAACCCAGCAACAUUAUCAGCUUUAGAUUCAUCCCAACCCACAUUUAUAAUCUCUGUAUUUUUAGUUUGUAGUUUUGCUCUGCUGGAGGUCAGUGCCUUAUACACUCCAGGCAAGGGCUCUGUGAAGCUGCUUCUCCAGCACUCAUUGAGUUCUUCAUGAUGUGAUUUCCAAAUUGAAAGCAUUCAAAGAUAGUGCUUUUAAAAUAGCCUCCAAUUUUAUGUGUAUUUUAUGCCAUGACAAAAAAAAAAGAGUGUUACUGUCACUGGUGUUUUUAUACUGGUCAUUGCUUGAAGUGAGAUUUACUUCUUAUGUACCAUAUUUGUAGUGUGUGUCCCCCCCCCCCAAUCUGUCAUCCACAUCCCCCCCAUCCCCGGGUCUCACUAUGUGGUGUUGCCUAGCCUGGAACUCUCAGUGAUCUGAGUGCUGAGAUUAAAGGUAUGGACCACCUCACCUAGCUCCAUACAUGUCUUAAAGAUAUUUCUUCCAGGACCAGGCGUGGUAGUACACACUUUUCUAGCAUUCAGGAAGCUGUGGCAAGAAGACUAAUAGUUUAAGACCAAUGUGAAUUAACCCUUCAUCUCCUUCCCUGAAGAAAGCAUUUCAAUAAUUAAACAUCUAAGCAGGUUACAGGAUUUGAAGUGAGAAUUCCAAGAGUUUACUUUCAAAAGUGAUGAUAGACAUGUAAUUUUUAUCCCAAAAAACAAAACCAAAACCUUUACGACUUGAACUACACUUUCUUUGUUGUUUUUGAGACAGGCUGACUUGCUUCAGGCUUCUGCGUGCCAGGCUUAUGUCUGCAGCUGGCUCAUGUAGAGUGUGCAUUAAGUAGUACUCAGCCAUGUGAGCCAUGGACGAUGCUGUGAACAGCACAACACAGUUCGCUUCUUGUUUCUGCCCAAGAGUGUGAGUUCUGGGUGUCCCCUUUCUCAGCAUCAUCUGGAGUGAGUUAACACAGGUAAUAGUUCCCAGAAGACUGAUACAGACAAACAGUGAGACACAGGGUAGACUCAUGAAUUUGGAAGCUAGGAAGCACUGAUGUAUGAGCAAUGUCAGUCAGAUGGGGAAAAGAUCUGUUCAACCUUUGCUCACUAUGAGGUUAUUAAAGAAUACAAUGGUAGAUAUUUAACAGGAGAAAUAUGUAGAACUUACUGUUUGCUGAUGUUCUUGGUGACAGGGUGCUAUUUACCUCUAUGAAAUCAAAAAUACUUGAGUUUGAAUUUGUAUUUAUCAAAAUAACUUAUUACCAUAUUAAAUCAAAAGUUAA